AUGAUCGAAAAAAUUGAAAAAAAUUAUAUCAAUAAAGGACUAACUAAUAUUGAUGGUAUUAAAAAUAUUAGACGUUAUUUUCCAAAAGCUACUGAAGAGCAAAAUACAUUAUGGAUAAUCAAAGCAUAUACAGCUGAAACAGAUUUCUAUAAAUUUCUGAAUAAUGAAAUAGCAGCUGGUGCUAGCCAGUAUCAAAAUGAACGAAGGUAUAUUAUAGCAUUAAUUUCACAUGAUUUACGUUUGAACGAAUUCACGUUUAUCGGUACCGCUUAUCGAGUGCUGCGAAUAAACAAUGAUGACUUAAAAAAAUAUGAAGUAGGUUGCUCGUUAAUGACAAAAUUAUUUGUGUCAUCAUCCAUCGAUCGAAAAGUUGCCGAAUUAAUUAUUUUUAUGUCAAAAAGAAGUAGCACAGUCAGAAGCUCAAGUGAUGACACGCAAGAAAAUUGA